AGAGGCACAACGCAAGGUGAAGCUGCUGAUUUCUGCCAUUAUGAAAGUAAGCAAGUCUGGGCAUGCGAUACAACGCAAGCUAGGGGUGAUCGGUGCUAUUCAUACAUGCGUGCAGGACAAGGCUGAGGAAACAGAGAAUGCAGCUCCUGACAACAAACCAACGGUAACCCUUCGCCCGUCGAAAGGUCCUUCCGAGAGAAACGGAGGGGUGUUGAAACUGCGCAGAACGAGAGGAACAAGGGCCGAAGCACAUACUCUGAAUGAAUAGUGUAUUGCCAAAAGCCUGUGUGAAACGGAAGCGGUUUGUGAGCGGGCAGUGCAUUCGAUGCGGAACUUCGUGCUCCUCGCACUCGGGCCAGCACCCAAGACAAUGAAUGUCUAGAAUGUGGAGAGAUCGUGGCAAGAGAACAACAGUAGAGCUGGCUAGAUGAAUGGUGGAAGGGGAC